GGCGGCGGCGGCGCGCGGGGCUGAUCGCGCCCCUUCCCCAUGAGACUGUGGCUGUGCUGGCUGGGCUGCUACACCCUGCUCCUGUGGGUGCUGAGGAGGACGAUGUGGGCUGGCCCGGCCCGGUACCUGCGGAGCCCUUUAUCCAGGUCCCUCUACGUGAAUAUGAUGGGCAGCCACCGCCAGCCAGCCCCGGGCGCCAGGGAGAACCACCAGUGGUAUGUCUGCAACACUGAACAGUUGUCUGAAUCCCUCCAGCCUAUUUUUGUCCAGAGUUACCUUGACCAAGGAACACAGAUCUUCUUAAACAACAGCAUUGAGAAGUCAGGCUGGCUGUUUAUCCAGCUCUAUCACUCUUUUGUGUCCUCUAUUUUUAGCCUUUUUAUGUCUAGAACAUCUAUCAAUGGGCUGCUGGGAAGAGGCUCAAUGUUUGUGUUUUCCCCAGAACAAUUUCAAAGACUGCUUAAAAUAAAUCCUGAAUGGAAAUCCCACAGACUUCUUGAUUUAGGGGCUGGAGAUGGAGAAGUCACUAAAGUUAUGAGUCCUCACUUUGAAGAAAUCUAUGCCACUGAAUUGUCUGAAACGAUGAUAUGGCAGCUUCAGAAGAAGAAAUACAGGGUGCUUGGUGUAAAUGAGUGGCAGAACACAGGAUUUCAGUAUGAUGUUAUCAGCUGUUUGAAUUUGCUGGAUCGCUGUGAUCAACCACUGACUGUGUUAAAAGACAUUAGAAGUGUACUGGAGCCAACCAGAGGCAGAGUCAUCCUAGCACUGGUUCUGCCUUUUCACCCCUAUGUGGAAAAUGUAGGUGGCAAGUGGGAAAAGCCCUCAGAAGUUUUGGAAAUCAAAGGGCACACUUGGGAAGAGCAGGUGAACAGCCUGCCAGAAGUUUUCAGUAAAGCUGGUUUUGCCAUCGAGGCUUUCACCAGACUGCCCUACCUCUGUGAAGGUGACAUGUACAAUGACUACUACGUGCUGGAUGAUGCUGUCUUUGUCCUCAAGCCAGUGUAAGCCUGGGUGAAGUAAAGCUCCACAAUCUAACCCAAGAAACAGCCUCUGAAAGAGGAUUUUGAUUUAUGGUUACUUAAAGGGAGGGAAUUUUGGGAUUGCCGUGCUAAAUAAAUACCAUGUAAGAAAUUUAAAGGCCAAAAUAAUAAUGUAUUUCUUUGUAGUGUGAUUAGGGGGGGGAAGAAAAGGUUGUUUUUUAAAUGGACUCCUCAGCUGAGUAUUUCUUUUUUACCAGCUCUUAAACCAACAUUGCAUUCUGCAAUCCAGCAGCAAUGGGGGAUAUUUUUUUAUAAUUACCUGCAACAGGGAUCAUAUACAAACAAAAGCAAUAGUCUUUAUAAUGGUGAAACUGAUACAGUGUGAACUGUUGUGAAAGAAAUAAAGCAAAAUCUGGCAAUAAAGUUAUCCAUUCACUUCAAGCCUUGUUAAAUAAAACUGUUGAAAUGGAUAAUCUUCCAUGCUAAGCUAAGUUUCUCUCUUACUGUCAUUCUUCAUGUUUUUAAUCAUGCUAAUAAACUUUUUUGAGAUGA